CGAUGGAGAGGGAAAUAAAAAAAGAGGGAGAAAGAAGAAUUUCACGUCGCAAUAUCCGUACUGAAUUACUGAAUAGUGUGCACGUGUGGAUAUAUAGUUCGGUUACGAAUUAAUUACAAAUAAAACAAAAGGAAAAUGUAUUUAGAUCCGGAGCUAUCGAAUACUUUCGAAAUCAUAGUGGGAACGUACGAGCAAUAUCUGCUCGGUUACAAAGUCCACAGUAUCGUAAAUGAAUAUAACAUAGAGAAGAGUUUUGCGACUCACAGCCAUGUUGCAAGCAUACGCAGUGUUUCCAGUAGUAAAUAUUAUCUAGCUUCUGCUGGUGCCGAUGAAACAGUAUGUUUGUAUGACAUGCGUUCUAGGAAAGAGUCUGUUAAAUUAAUACAUCAUAAAGAUACUAUCAAUUGCAUAGCAUUUACUCCAGAAGGAUCGCACUUGUUUACGUGCAGUAGCGAUGGAAGUAUAAGUGCUGUUCGUUGUGGCAAUUGGCAAUUAGAUAAACACUGGUUAACAGCACAUAAAGGUUCGGUUAAUACUUUUGCUAUUCAUCCAACAGGGAAGCUAGCAUUAUCUACUGGAGAAGAUGGUGUUCUUAGAACAUGGAAUCUGAUCAAAGGUAGACAAGCUUACGCCACUAAUUUAGUACCGAAAUUGAAGUCUAACGCUAAGUGGAUAACAAUCAUUAAAUGGAGUCCAAGCGGUAACAAAUAUCUAUUAGCUGUUAAUGGGAAUAUUUACGUGUAUUCUGUAGAAUCGGCUAGCAUAGAUAAGGAACUUACAUUUGAUUCAAAGGUUAUUUGCGUAGAGUUCUUAAAAGAUUCCUUAAUAGCAAUUGGUUUUGAGAAUGGAGAAAUCAAAUUUUGUGAUCUCAGAACUUCAAUACAUACAUUGAACACAAAAGCGCAUAGCAUGAGAGUGAAAUGUAUCGCACAUAUGAAUGACUUAUUAGUUAGUGCCUCCAGUUCUGGAGAGAUUAAACUUUGGAAAUAUAACAAGCACAGCUUGGAUAUGCUGCAAACCGUUAAUUGUGGUGCAAGAAUUACUUGCCUUUCUCUUUCACAAACCUAUAAAGAUUUAGUACAACAGGAAGAAAUUACACUAGAAGAAGACAAGAAAGUAAAAGAGAAGAGCAAGCUCAGAUUGAAACAGGAAGUUAUUAUUGAAAAUGAAGGCGAGUGGGAUGUCACAGAUGUUACAAAUCCCCAAAACAAAAUGUCAAAACUUAAACAUAAAAGAAAGAGAGCUACAGAAGACAAUGUCCAGAACUUAAAGAAGAAAACUCCAAAAUUGAAAGAAAUUAUUGCUUCAAAAAGACAGGCAGAAGAUGCUAUUAAUGAUAAUUCAAAAAAGAAGCAAAAAUUAUUAAAGGCAAAGUCUCUUAGUAAAAAGCGAAAAGAGAAUAGCGCUGCAUCACAAAUUACAUCUCCACCAAAGAAAAUGAAAAAGAUGGAUAAACUCGAAGAACCAUCUCUUUCUCGCAAAAAGCACAAAGUAAAAAUACCGAUGAUAGACAUUGAAGAUGUUCCACUUAGGAAGAUAAAGAAAAAAGUGAAUACAGAAAAAGAAGUCGUGCCAAAAAGGAAAAAGAGAAAAAUAACACAAUAA